GUGGGCGCCGGUCGUGCUGUAGCUGUGGCUUUGGUGGCGGCGGCGGCGGCGGCUGUGAUAGUGGCGGCGGCACGGUGUCCGGGAGGCAGCAGCAGCAACGGCAGCGGCAGCGGCGGCCCUGAGGAGAGUGAGGCGGCCCCGUCGGCAGCCGCCCGCGUGUCAGGCGGAACCUCGAGCUGUCCGGCGGUCGCCGGCACUGAGGCAUUUGCCGUUUCCUACCGGGCUCGGCGCCCCGGCCCUGGCUGGGCAGGGCAGAGUGCCCCUGGGGAGGGGCGGAGCCGUAGAUAUGGCAUAGGAUAUUUCUUCAAGAUUGGACAGCUGGUGACCUGCUAUUUUUGAUAGCCUUAAGCUGACUCUAUAGCCAUAGAGAAACCUCACGGAAUUACGUAGUUAUUUUUGCUUUACACCAUUUCUGGCACCUAAGUUCAUCCUGCAACCAUGUAUGGAAGUGCUCGAUCAGUAGGGAAAGUGGAACCAAGCAGCCAGAGUCCUGGGCGAUCACCUCGGCUUCCACGGUCCCCUCGCUUAGGUCAUCGGCGAACAAAUAGUACAGGAGGGAAUUCUGGAAACAGUGUUGGAGGUGGCAGUGGGAAAACCCUUUCAAUGGAGAAUAUACAGUCCUUAAAUGCUGCCUAUGCUACAUCUGGCCCCAUGUACCUAAGUGACCAUGAAAAUGUGGGUUCAGAAACACCUAAAAGCACCAUGACACUUGGUCGUUCUGGGGGACGCCUGCCUUACGGUGUUAGGAUGACUGCUAUGGGCAGUAGCCCCAAUAUAGCAAGCAGUGGGGUUGCUAGUGAUACCAUAGCAUUUGGAGAACAUCACCUCCCUCCUGUUAGUAUGGCAUCCACUGUACCUCACUCUCUUCGUCAGGCAAGAGAUAACACCAUCAUGGAUCUGCAGACACAGCUAAAGGAAGUACUAAGAGAAAACGAUCUUUUGAGGAAGGAUGUGGAAGUAAAGGAAAGCAAACUAAGUUCUUCGAUGAAUAGCAUCAAAACCUUCUGGAGCCCAGAGCUGAAGAAAGAGCGAGCCUUGAGAAAAGAUGAAGCUUCCAAAAUCACCAUUUGGAAGGAACAGUACCGAGUUGUGCAGGAAGAAAAUCAGCACAUGCAGAUGACGAUCCAGGCUCUCCAGGAUGAGUUGCGGAUUCAGAGGGACUUGAAUCAGCUGUUUCAGCAAGAUAGUAGCAGUAGGACUGGAGAGCCGUGUGUGGCGGAGCUGACAGAGGAGAACUUCCAGAGGCUGCACACCGAGCACGAGCGGCAAGCCAAAGAGCUGUUUCUUCUGCGGAAGACCCUGGAAGAGAUGGAGCUGCGGAUUGAAACUCAAAAGCAAACCCUAAGUGCUCGGGAUGAGUCCAUUAAGAAGCUUCUGGAGAUGUUACAGAGCAAAGGGCUUUCUGCCAAAGCUACAGAAGAAGACCAUGAAAGAACAAGACGGCUGGCAGAGGCAGAGAUGCACGUCCACCACCUAGAAAGUCUUUUGGAGCAAAAGGAAAAAGAGAAUAAUAUGUUGAGAGAGGAGAUGCACCGGAGAUUUGAGAAUGCCCCCGAUUCUGCCAAAACAAAAGCCUUGCAAACCGUCAUUGAGAUGAAGGAUUCAAAAAUUUCUUCCAUGGAGCGUGGACUCCGAGACCUGGAAGAGGAAAUUCAGAUGCUGAAAUCAAAUGGGGCUUUGAGCACGGAAGAGCGAGAGGAAGAAGUGAAGCAGAUGGAGGUGUACAGGAGCCACUCCAAAUUCAUGAAGAAUAAGGUAGAGCAACUGAAGGAGGAACUAAGUUCGAAAGAGGCUCAAGGGGAGGAGCUGAAAAAGAGAGCGGCUGGUCUUCAGUCUGAGAUUGGCCAGGUGAAACAAGAGUUGUCCAGAAAGGACACUGAACUGCUAGCCUUACAAACCAAGCUAGAGACUCUCACGAACCAGUUCUCAGAUAGUAAGCAACACAUCGAGGUGCUGAAGGAGUCCCUCACUGCUAAAGAACAGAGGGCUGCCAUCCUGCAGACUGAGGUGGAUGCUCUUCGAUUACGUUUGGAAGAAAAGGAGACUAUGCUAAAUAAAAAAACGAAACAAAUUCAAGAUAUGGCUGAGGAGAAGGGUACACAAGCUGGAGAGAUACAUGACCUCAAGGACAUGCUGGAUGUGAAGGAACGGAAGGUCAAUGUUCUUCAGAAAAAGAUUGAAAAUCUCCAGGAACAACUGAGAGAUAAAGAAAAGCAGAUGAGCAGCUUGAAAGAGCGAGUCAAGUCUCUGCAGGCGGACACCACCAACACAGACACAGCGCUAACAACCUUGGAGGAGGCUCUUGCAGAGAAAGAACGGACAAUUGAACGCUUAAAGGAGCAGCGGGACAGAGAUGAGCGAGAGAAGCAAGAAGAGAUUGAUACCUACAAGAAAGAUCUUAAAGACUUGAAAGAAAAAGUCAGCCUGUUGCAAGGAGACCUCUCCGAAAAGGAGGCUUCUCUCUUGGAUCUCAAAGAGCAUGCUUCUUCCCUGGCUUCCUCAGGACUGAAAAAGGACUCACGACUCAAGACCCUUGAAAUUGCUCUUGAACAGAAGAAGGAAGAGUGCCUGAAAAUGGAGUCACAGCUGAAGAAGGCACAUGAAGCAACAUUGGAAGCCAGAGCCAGUCCAGAAAUGAAUGACCGAAUACAGCAAUUGGAGAGAGAGAUUGCUAGGUACAAAGAUGAAUCUAGCAAGGCCCAGACUGAAGUUGAUCGCCUCUUGGAAAUUUUGAAAGAAGUGGAAAAUGAGAAGAAUGACAAAGACAAGAAGAUAGCUGAGUUAGAAAGUCUCACUUCAAGGCAAGUGAAAGACCAGAAUAAGAAGGUGGCAAAUCUGAAGCACAAGGAGCAGGUGGAGAAGAAGAAGAGUGCACAGAUGCUGGAGGAAGCCCGGAGAAGGGAGGACAGUCUCAGCGACAGCUCUCAGCAGCUGCAGGACAGCCUCCGUAAGAAGGAUGGCAGGAUUGAAGAGCUGGAAGAAGCACUGAGAGAAAGUGUACAGAUAACUGCAGAGCGUGAAAUGGUGCUGGCACAAGAGGAAUCAGCCAGGACCAGUGCUGAGAAACAGGUGGAAGAACUGUUGAUGGCCAUGGAGAAGGUGAAGCAGGAACUGGAGUCCAUGAAAGCUAAACUGUCCUCCACUCAACAGUCCCUAGCAGAGAAAGAGACGCACCUCACCAAUCUCCGGGCAGAGAGAAGGAAGCACUUAGAGGAAGUUCUGGAGAUGAAGCAAGAAGCUCUGCUGGCUGCCAUUAGUGAGAAGGAUGCUAAUAUAGCUCUUCUAGAGCUCUCGUCCUCUAAGAAAAAGACCCAAGAAGAAGUGGCUGCGCUGAAACGAGAAAAGGACCGCCUGGUGCAGCAGCUCAAACAACAGACACAAAAUCGGAUGAAACUAAUGGCUGACAACUAUGAGGACGACCACUUCAAACCCUCCCGCUCCAAUCAGACGAACCAUAAGCCCUCCCCAGACCAGAUCAUUCAGCCCCUCUUAGAACUUGACCAAAAUAGAAGCAAGUUAAAGUUGUAUAUUGGACACCUGACAGCCCUCUGCCAUGACCGAGACCCCUUAAUCCUUCGUGGACUCACUCCACCAGCUUCUUAUAAUGCAGAUGAUGACCAGGCAGCUUGGGAGAGUGAGCUGCAGAAGAUGACCCAGGAGCAGCUUCAGAGUGAGCUGGAGAAAGUCGAAGGGGACAACGCAGAACUGCAGGAGUUCGCCAACACCAUUCUCCAGCAGAUAGCUGACCACUGCCCUGACAUCCUCGAGCAAGUCGUCAGUGCCCUGGAAGAGUCCUCCUGACCUGCUCCAAGGAGGGUGACCAAGGAGCUAGAAAGGAGGAUGUGAGGGACUUGAGGUGUCUGCGCACCUCCACACUAGACCCUGCCAGCUGGAUGUGCGAGUCCAGCCAUGUGCAUCUCAUGCACUCUGCCUUCUACUUUGAAUGUUGUCUCUGCGCAAGUCUCCUUGGUCUCCGUGAAGAACUGCCCUGUCAUCAGCAGAAGGGAGCUGGGGAGGCUGGCAACUCUGCCCUUCCAGGAACAGGAAACCAAAAGCCCAUUCACCUCAUCUGGAGUCCACUCAGUUCUGUGCUUUGAAAGCUCGGUGCUGAAGCCUUAGGAUGAGUACUUUCUGCUCAGAGGGUAGAGAAGGAGGGAGCAGUGGCCAGGGACAAAGAGAGGAGUGCUGCCCUCAUGUUUACCAGCCUUGCUGUCAUGACCAUCAGAUGGAGGCAGGCCUCACUGUGAACCCUGGCCUGUUGCCUGUCUCACGUGCGCCGCUCUCAGCUGACGGGAGGAUGAUGUCCACAGUGGUCACCCACUCGCUCUUGUUAAGGCUGUCAGGUCAGUGUGACCUGAUGAGAAGGGCCCUGUUGUCCCUGCUCGCAGCUUUGCUCCUCCAAAGACAAUGUCCCAUAGGGCCAUACCGAUUCCUCCUGAACAUUGCCUACAGUGCUGUCUGCCCCAGGCUACUUAGAACAGGGUUGCUAGAGCGUGUGAUCCCUGCCCACCUUCUCAGUCUACUCUUAAGGUACAUCCUCAGGGUCAUAGCCUCAUGCCCUACCUAGAAACUUCUUUUGACACAACUGAGUUUGUCUUAUCUCAUUAACAUUCCUCCCUCCCUCCAUUCAUUCACUCAUUCAUUCAUUCAUUCAUUCAUUCAGAAAGUAUUAUGAAAUGUCUGCUGUGUGCAUACAGUGUGCAAGGCACCCACCUUUGGAAAAGCCUCUGAUAGGGAGUGGUGGGGACCCCUGAGACAUGCUCAGUUGAGCCGUGCAGUGAAGCAUAGCUUCUCCCUCCAGCUUCCUGACCAGCAGUCUUUGUUUCUCACUGUAGAGUCCUCAGAGGGCUGAGCCCCUCUUUGCCUGUGAGGUCCCGUGUGGCAGUUGAGGACCAUUGCUGUCAGUGUUGUCACCCUGAGAGGUUUUCUGUGUAGGGGGCUGUACUGACCAUUCAUGUCAGCUGACUGCUUCGCCCAUGCAUGCAUGCCCCAUGGACGCGGCAGCACCAUGCCGAAGCCAGGUGCAGAGGGCAGUGCCGUAAGAUAACCGGGCUCUGAGAACUAGACAGCGCAGCAGACACCAGCCCUGCAUGCAUGUCCCGGGACCUCAUGCAGCUGCCACUACUGCCACAUUCAGUCACUUCCCCGUUCCCCUUCUUCCCUGCCAUACAGUGCUCACUUGUUUGAGACACCGAGGUCUGAGUGGACUCUGCCAGGAGCCAGAAUGAUGAUCGCUGCUGCUCAGUUCUCUCAGUUCUUUUUCAUUGUAAAUCCAUAGAAGACACCGUAUUUCAGGGUAGGAAAAUUAGAAUCUGAUUUUAUGCCCAUAACAACUGGAACCACCACCUAGUAACAGCUUCACUGGCUACAGUGGAAUCCAGAAAACAGAGUCCGGGUCCACAGGCACAGCCUGGAGCUGACACUGGCCAGCUGUGGGGACCACCCCGGACAGACUCCUUGCUGUACCCACUUGGUCUUUGUCUGCCACUCUUUACCUGCUUCCUUCUCUCUAUUUUACAACUUUUCUCCAUCAGGUCCCUCCAGAGAGGCUGCAGGAAGCCAAAUUUGUAGGACAGACAUUAUCUGAUCUCUGCAUAGCAAAGGGGUCUCCUCCUCAGGUGGUAAUCCCGUGACUCAAAUGGUUCUGGAGACUGUGGAGCUACAGUUGAACCAUAAACAUGCCUUCUGUGGUAGGCGAGGCUAGUAGGUUAGCUGGCAUUCGGAUCUUGCUGACUUUACAUCAUUCACUUAGCCAGAAUUCACUAAAUGCCCAGCUGCCACUGCACCAGGACACGGCAGCCCGUGGCUGUGCCUUGAGAGCUUGCUGCAGGCUGGCUAGGACCGUCCCCUCACCUCCAUCCACUGUCAAGCCUCAUACCCUUUGCACCUAGCAGCUCCACCCCAAAUAAAGGCCAUCGUGAAGAUGCAGUAAGAAAUGAGGGCUGGGACCCAGCUUAGGGCUCCUCCUAAAGCAGCAGCAUAUGAGCCCCGCAUCCCAGGCCUUCAGUGAGUGACUGACUGGUGGCACAUCCGAAUGGGAUUAGCAACGACUUAAAGAUGGAGACGUCUGAGUGGGCUUCAGCAGCCGGAAUGUGGAGGGCAUCCCCCAGUUCCUGUCAGCCUUGCUUCUCACGCAUCUUCCCAAGGCCUGGGCGUACCUCUUCCUCACCUGUGGGCCUUAGAAGUUCUAGGAAAGCAGACUGGGCUGCGACGACCGACGGUCCUGCAGGUCAAACUGUGACUGGCCACAUCCCAUCCCUCUGUUUGGCUUCCUGGGAAGAAUGUGUUGGCUUACUUUCUCCCUCGGGAGAGAUGACGUCAGCGCAGAUGGUUCUCACAUGCUACCGUCCUGCCCCUCCACUGUUGACACUGGGGUUGGUUUGGCAUCGCACCCUCCUGUGUGACUGAAGCAGAGGCCCACUGGCCUCCCUCCAGGUCUUUGAAGAAGAGCCAAAGCAAGGACAUGUCACUACGUGGAAUGUAACACCCACCCCGUGUCAGCAGUGCCAGUGACUCUCAAGCCUGCCUCCCCAGCCUUCCCUCCUGCCUGCAGAGUCCAGAGCCCAGGAAAGGAAGCAAGAAGGAUGAGCUGCACCACAGGCCUGCUGGGCACCUGCCGUCACUGCCAGUCUCGGAGCUUUGGACCGUUCCAAGGCAUGUUCCCUCCUGUGAACCACGAGGAUGUCCAGGGAAGAAGAAAGCACAUGUGACCUGGGGAUCCUUCUGAACAAAAUGGCUGUCUGUACUCUUUCCAAACAGAAACUUUCCAAACUUUUAGUGUCAAAAUUGUAACCAAGUGUCUCCUGAUUCUUCCCACUGUGUUUGGCAAGUGCUGUGACCCUAUUGUAGGUGCUUCUCCUCCUGCCUCUUUUAAGGGAGAAGUGAUUUUAGGGGUUGAUUUGGGGGAGCGGGUUAUCUGUCCCGUCCCACCACCUCUUUUGUUUCUCUGCUUGUUGAUAUUGUCUGUGUGAUUCAGAGAACUGGGGCAGUUACAUUGUGUCCAUUGUUGAGAAUAUUAAAAUAUUAAAAAGUAGUUAUAGAACUGAAAAAUUAAGGAGCUGUGUUUUUAAAAAUGCAAACCCAUAAAUAAUCAUGUUAACGAAGGAAUUCAAGCUAUGGGCAGCCUAGCUCCUCCCACUCCAGGUUGGUGAGGUGGUAGCCAGGCCAGCCCCUGGGAAACACACUGACCACACUUGAGGUAGGUGACUGCCUGGGAAUAAGAGACACCCACUCAGUGGAGAAAUGAAAAUCUGGGCUCCAAGACUCUCAGUCACAUCAGGGUUUUCUGUACCUCAGGACCUCUGGGUAGAGUUCAGCGUUGUUGGGGGUGACCUGAGGAUCACCCUCCCCUCACAUUGGAUCAAGCCUUGUGUGCCUAGUGUCAUGUGGUAACCUGGGCUUGGGCCUGCUUGCCAGGCCACAGGACCUUUUCCUGCCCACUUGGUGCUAUUUCAUCGUGGCCAUCCCACAGGGCAGCCUAGUCUCUAGAGCCUGCAGGCCGGUGCCAUGGAUGGCCCUCAGAGCCUGGCUCUCUCUGGCUUCAGAUCCUCCAUUCUUCUCUUUGAAGCUUUUUAGACUCAGACCCCCUUGGCUCCAGAGAUGCCAGAGUCAAGAAAGGAAGUGAGCCAGGCUGAGGCAAGGAGAUCCACUCUCUGCCACAGUGAGCACACCAGCCCAGCCCCUCUUCCCUGCCACACCAGUAUUAAAUCCAUCCUUGAAAGCAUCUGGGCCCGCCUGAGGCACAUGCCAGCCAUUGCGCCAGCUGCCCAGUGCAGACCAGAAACCUGUCUUGCGUAGCAGGCUGUCCCAGGAUGGGGAAUUUGGCUUUAUUCUGCACCCUUCCUUCAGAAGAGGCAUGUUGCACUUUAGUGGGGAGGCCGAGAACACUGGGUACGGCUUCCUGUAGCUUGAGUCCCUGUAGGUAGCAGUGGUGGCAGCCUGGUGGCUUGUGUGAAGCAGCUGCAGCUGCUGCCUUCAACUGUGCACAUGCGUGCAGUUACUAGCGUCGAAUUGCCCGCCUGAUGAUGACAUUACAAAGACAUUGUGUUCUGUUCAAUUUUGCCUUGGUAAUUAUUGUAAACACUCUGUUUGAUUUUUUUUCUUUUUUAUUCACGAACUAAAUCCAUCAGGAAAUUAUAAACUUAUUUAAAAACUG